AUGCAGCUUUUCAUCGCCAAGAUCACUGCCAUUUUCCUUCUCUUCUCUUUUGCUUUUGCCAACCUUCACGACAGCUGUAAAUGCCGCAACAGCGAAAGUGACAACUCGCGCAUGACUACUUCAGCUUGCGAGACCUACUCCAACAAGAACUACAAAUGGGGAAAAAGCGCAUACGAUGCGGCCUCUGGACUUUGCAUUAAGAGCAGUCAAACUGACCAAAUCGCUGGUAACGAGUGGGAAGCCGCCUGCCGCGAGGUUGCCGUCUCGGGCUUCCCAUGCGCAGACGGUAAGGGCCAUUGCACGGCUGAUCCCAACGAAGUCCGUGGCAAAUGCUAA